AUGGAGAAAACUGAGUAUAUAAGAGCCACGGCGAAAAUUGUUGCCAAUAUUUUAAAACAAUUAAAAAAGGAAGCCAAGCCCGGUAGGUGCGGUAAGGAUUUGGAACAAAAAGCCCGUGAAUUAAUGGAAAAGUUCAAUGUUUAUUCUUCUAGUUUAGGUUAUAAGGAAUUUCCGGCUGCCAUUUGUGUUUCUUUAAAUAGUGAAUUAACUCAUGGUAUUCCUAGCGAACAACUUUUUCAAGACGGGGAUUUAGUAUCCAUGGAUGUCUGUUGUUAUCAAAAAGAUAAAGCAGGAAAAACUUACCAUGCUGAUGCAGCUUUAACCAUGAUUAUAGGUCACGGAGAUGAAAAAAAAAGAAAUUUAUUAAAAGUAACGAAAAAUAGUUUAUAUUAUGCUAUUCAAAACAUUAAGCCUAAUAUUACCACUACCCAAGAUAUUGGUGCUAUGUUAGAAAAAUAUAUUCGCACUCGUGGUUAUUAUCCCAUUAAAGAGUAUGGCGGGCAUGGUAUCGGAGAAAAACUUCACCAAGAACCUUUUAUCCCUAAUUAUAAAACUCCAAAUAAAGGAGAAAUUAUUCGGUCAGGAAUGUUUAUUUGCAUUGAACCGCUGGUCCAAAUUGGCGAUAGUGAAAUUAAACUGGCGGCUGAUAACUGA